AUGAAACUAGAGUAUUAUACCAAGGCGAUACGUGCCAUCAACCUAUUUUUUGCACAGCAAGUACCUGCAUAUGUUCAUAAUCUACCUAGUAUUAGACAGUAUCUUGUACGAUGGACACUGAAUAUACUAUAUUUUGCCAUUGGAUUACUAUUCAAUUGGGCAGUUAGUGCCGUGCUUCGUCAAAUGCCACAUAUGCAUCAAUUCCCUUCAAACGUCGCAGGCAUGAUCGUGGUCUUCUUUUUGCUCAUCUGUGCUCAUACAAUCCUUCCGACAUACACCGACAAGUUUGUUCAAUUGAUAGACCCUUACUCUUCUUUUGCUCUGAGAAGUAUGAAUAUCAUGUUUGUACCUGCCGUAGUCGAAAUGGUACAAAACUCACCAACACCUGGUCCUGAAGUAGGCAGGAUGAUCUGUGUCUUCAUGGUCGGGUACUUUAUCGGAUUCAUCAUCACAACCCUCUUAGUUCGCGCCUCUCGCUUCUUGAUCUUUUAUCUUUUCAAUCUUGGCAAAGAAGCUUCCAUGUCCAACCCGCUCUCUGGGGAAAAGGCCGAAAUGCAUACCAACAGGAUAUUGAAGGAAGAAACUGUAGCAAUCGAUAUACCAGAAGCCAUCAGACAAGAAGCAAACGAACUUGUUAUCGUACCAUCGAACGAUAUGCGAAACAUAUCGGGUGAUGCAAUCUCUUCAAAUACAGUAACCGAUCGCUCUUCGUAUCUGGAUAAUCAUGUACACCAUCACGGCUGUUGCUGUAGUAACAGUUCUGCUCAAACGUAUAUUGCUCCCUCCAAACAUAGACAUGGUCCACUACAUAGCUUUGCUGUAUGGUGCAUGAAGGAAUCCAACUUUGACGACCUUUCCUUCUUUCUGAUAUUUUGCUUUUGUGCUUUUAUAUUCCUACCGCUUCCCGAAAACAAUCCGGCUAUGCCCUUCUUUAGGCUCUUUCUUUAUUUAUCAAUGACUGUUCUUCUAUAUUCCGCAUCCUGUAGGCUUCCACCAAAGCUUCGUAUUAUCUUCCAUCCUAUCAUCGUCACAUCUGCUGCCGUUAUGGCCGGUAUUGCUUAUUUUGAACGUGUCAAGGGGUUCGAUAUCAUACACGGUGUUGGUCUGUACAAGAGUGGGAUCACAUUUAUCUCUCUGGUCGAGAAGACUCAUGUUGGCUGGCCAGGUGCCGGUGAUAUAUUGGCAACGACAAUGGACGUUUCCAUCAUUUCAUUAGCAUUCAAUGUAUACAAAAACAGGCCAAGCUUGGUUUGCCAGUGGAUCGUUGUUAUCAUCUCUAUCGCUCCUGUUGCCUUUUUAGUCAUGUUCAUUACACCAAUGUUUGCUCAUGCUAUUGGCUGUACACCCGAUGAUAGUCUUGUUUGGAGCUCUCGAUCAGUGACAACCGCGAUUGGUAUCGUUAUCGGUCGGGUCUUAGGAGCAAAUCAAAGCGUGGUUACAUGCAUUAUUGUCUUUACUGGGAUCAUGGGUCCUAUCUUUGGUCCUAUCUUGUUCAAGAUCACUCGAGUGAAAGAAGAUGAUUACAUGACAAUUGGUAUUACCAUGGGAAGUCAUUCUCAUGGCGUUGGCACAGCAUAUCUCAUAAGUAAAAAUCCAAAAGCAAGUGGUAUGUCCUCUAUUGCUUUUGCAAUAUUUGGUACUUUAGGCGUUGUUGUAGCAUCUAUUCCAGCUCUCUCAGAUACCAUCAAAAGACUAUCAGGAUUCUAA